CCUGUUCAAGGUGUGUCCCAUGAACCGGUACUCAGCUCAGAAACAGUUCUGGAAAGCCAAACAGGCCAAACAUGAGAAAGACAAAAUCGCUGACAUGGUGCUGCUGCAGAAACUACAGCAUGCCUCCAACCUGGAACAGAAGCAGAAUGAGACUGAAAAUAAGAAAGUCCAUGGAGAUGUUGUCAAGUACGGAACUGUCAUACAGCUGCUCCACAUGAAGAGUAACAAAUACCUGACGGUCAACAAACGACUUCCUGCUCUACUGGAGAAGAAUGCCAUGCGCGUCACUCUGGACGGGACAGGAAAUGAAGGCUCCUGGCUGUUCAUCCAGCCCUUUUGGAAGCUCCGCGCCAACGGAGACAAUGUGGUGGUUGGAGAUAAAGUCAUCCUGAACCCGGUGAACGCUGGUCAGCCACUUCACGCUUCAGACUACGAACUAACGGACCAUCCAGGAUGCAAGGAGGUGAAUUCUGUUAAUUGCAACACAAGCUGGAAAAUCAACUUAUUCAUGAUGUUCAGCGACCACCGAGAGGAAGUCCUCAAAGGAGGCGACGUGGUGCGUUUGUUUCAUGCCGAACAGGAGAAGUUUCUGACGUGUGAUGAGUACAAGAGCAAACUGCACGUCUUCCUGCGAACCACACUGAGACAGUCGGCGACGUCAGCUACCAGCUCCAACGCCCUGUGGGAGGUUGAGGUUGUCCAUCAUGACCCGUGUCGUGGUGGGGCUGGACACUGGAACAGUCUCUAUCGCUUCAAACACCUGGCGACUGGCAACUACUUGGCUGCUGAGGAGAACCCAGGUUAUAAAGGAGACGGAGCUGAGAUCUCAACCUCAAUGGAGAGCCGUCACAGCAACAAGCGUUUAUAUUCAGAGAGGAUCAAGUACAAGCUGGUUUCAGUGCCUCAUGGGAAUGACAUCGCCUCGCUCUUUGAGUUGGACCCGACCACCCUGCAGAAAACCGACUCCUUUGUACCACGGAACUCAUACGUGCGACUGCGACACUUGUGCACGAACACGUGGAUCCAGAGUACCAACGUUCCCAUCGACGUGGACGAAGAGCGACCAAUCCGGCUCAUGUUGGGGACGUGUCCCACCAAAGAAGACAAAGAAGCUUUUGCUAUCGUCUCGGUUCCUGUGAUGGAGAUCAGGGAUCUGGAUUUCGCCAAUGACGCCAGUGCCAUGCUGAGCACGGUGGUGGAACAGUUCAAUCAGGGUUUCAUCAGCCAGAAUGACCGCAGGUUUGCCAUCAAGCUGCUGGAGGACGUGGUUUUCUUCGUGGCUGAUGUUCUGAACAGCGGGCAGCCGGUGCUGGAUGUCGUCAUGACCAAACCCAACCGUGAGCGUCAGAAGUUGAUGAGAGAACAGAACAUCCUCAAACAGAUCUUUGGCAUACUCAAAGCACCCUUUAAGGAUCGUGGUGGGGGGGAGGGGCCUCUGCUGCGUCUGGAGGAGCUGUCUGACCAGAAGAACGGUCCUUACCAGUACAUGUUCCGCCUCUGCUACCGAGUCCUCCGACAUUCCCAGGAUGACUACCGCAAAAACCAGGAAUACAUUGCCAAGCAGUUUGGCGUGAUGCAGAGUCAGAUCGGUUACGACAUCCUGGCUGAAGACACAAUCACCGCACUACUGCACAACAACCGCAAACUCUUAGAAAAACACAUCACCAAGACCGAGGUGGAGACCUUUGUCAGCCUGGUCCGCAAGAACCGGGAGCCCAGGUUUCUGGACUACCUGUCAGACCUGUGUGUGUCCAACACAGUGGCCAUUCCCGUCACACAGGAACUCAUCUGUAAAUGUGUGCUGGACCCCAAAAACCAGGACAUCCUGAUCAAGACAGAGCGUCGCAUCCCCAAAGAGUCUCCCCCUGGUGGUGGUACAGGAGAAUACCUGCCCAUGGAUGAGUACGGAGACGACGAUGAAGUGUGGCUCGUGUGGACAGAUAAGACCAACGAGCGCCAGGAGAAGACCAUCAGACAGUUGGCUCAGGAGGCCCGACAAGGAAAUGCCCAUGACGAGAAUGUCCUGACUUACUACAGGUACCAGUUGAAGCUGUUUGCCCGCAUGUGUUUGGACCGUCAAUAUUUAGCCAUUGAUGAGAUCUCCAAGCAGCUGGACAUCGAGCUCAUCUUCCUGUGCAUGAUGGAUGAGGCACUGCCCUUUGACAUUCGUGCCUCCUUCUGUCGCCUUAUGCUUCACACUCAUGUGGACCGAGACCCGCAGGAGCUGGUGACCCCCGUCAAGUUUGCUCGCCUCUGGACAGAGAUCCCCACGUCCAUCACCAUCAAAGACUACGACUCCAACAUGGAUGACAGCAGGGACAACAAGAAGAACCGCUUCUCCAGCACCAUGGCCUUCAUGGAGGAGUACCUGAACAACGUGCUGAAUGACGAGCUUCCGUUCCACAACGAGGAGAAGAACAAGCUCACCUACGAGGUGGUGAGUUUGGCCCGACAUCUGAUCUACUUUGGAUUCUACAGUUUCUUUGAGCUCCUCCGACUCACCAGAACCCUGCUGGGCAUCAUCGACUGUCGGCCACCCCCCGGCCAAAUGGGGCUCUUCUUCCACGAUGACGGAUCAGGGAAGAAUGUGAAGCGCUCCCUCCAUGGGAUGGGUCAGCUGAUGUCCACCAUGGUCCUCAACAGGAAACCGUCCAUAUUUGGAGGCCCAGGAGGAAGAGGGGCAGGGCUAGUACUUGAUGGACAGAGAGGUGGGAAAGACAGUAUUGAGCAUCUGGACCUGAUGGUGAUGGACACUAAACUGAAGAUCCUGGAGAUAUUACAAUUCAUCCUGAAUGUUCGUCUGGAUUACCGCCUCUCUUUCCUGCUGUCCGUCUUUAAAAAGGAGUUUGUGGACGUUUAUCCGAUGGAGGAUGCCGACGCCACCACCAGCACAGAGCACACAGCGACCAUCAACCUGCAGCACAUUGGAGAGCAGGCCGAGGCCAUGUUUGGAGUCGGGAAGGGGAACAGUAUCCUGGAGGUAGACGAUGAAGGUGGCCGUAUGUUCCUGCGGGUUCUCAUCCACCUGACGAUGCACGACUAUCCUCCUCUGGUCUCUGGAGCCCUGCAGCUUCUCUUCAGACACUUCAGCCAGAGACAAGAACUGCUGCACACCUUCAAACAGGUCCAGCUGCUGAUCUCCACUCAGGAUGUGGAGAACUACAAGCUGAUCAAGGCUGAUCUGGAUCGACUGCGGACUCUGGUGGAGAAAUCUGAGCUGUGGGUGGAGAAGAAGAGCUCCGGAGGAGGCGAAGGGAAGAAGGAGAAGAAAGACAAAAAGGAAAAAGGAGAGGGGACAACAGAAGAAGUCACGCCGGACAAACUGGAGAAAAAUAAUGAGAACUACCAGAAUGUCAAAGAGAUCCUUGAGAGGCUGAACAAGAUGUGCAGCAGUGGAGUUUGGAAGAAGCAGCAGAGGCUCCUGAAGAACAUGGGAGCUUAUAAGGUCAUGUUGGACCUGCUGCAGGUCUCCUACGACCAGAACGACGUGAAGAUGCAGGAGAUUAUCAGGUACACGCACGUGUUCCUGCAGAAGUUCUGCAUGGGGAACCAAGAGAACCAGGCUUUGCUACACAAGAACCUUAAUCUGUUCCUGACUCCCGGGUUGCUGGAGGCGGAGACUGUCCAGCACAUCUUCAGCAAUAACUACCAGCUGUGCAGCGAGAUCUCAGAGAGCAUCUUACAGCACUUCAUCCACUGCCUCGCCACACACGGACGCCACGUCCAGUACCUCAACUUCCUCCACACCAUCAUCAAAGCUGAGGGCAAGUACGUGAAGAAGUGCCAGGACAUGAUCAUGACGGAGUUGACAAACGCUGGCGAGGACGUGGUCGUCUUCUACAACGACAAAACCUCCUUUUCGCUCAUGUUGGAUUUGAUGGCAGAGAGCAGGGAGGGCAUCAGCGAGGACAGCCCGCUCAGGUAUCACAUCUCUCUGGUGGAGCUGCUGGCCGCCUGUGCUGAGGGAAAGAACGUCUACACCGAAAUCAAAUGUACCUCACUGCUACCCCUAGAGGACGUGGUCAGAGUAGUGACACAUGAGGAUUGUAUCACUGAGGUAAAAGUUGCGUAUGUGAAUUUUGUGAACCACUGCUAUGUGGACACUGAGGUGGAGAUGAAGGAAAUCUACACAUCAAACCACAUCUGGAAGCUAUUUGAAGAUUUUACUGUGGACAUGGCCCGGGUUUGUAACAAAAGAGAAAAGCGGCUUUCUGACCCAGUCUUGGAGAAAUACAUCAUCAGCGUGGUAUUUGACACCAUUAACGCCUUCUUCAGCUCACCAUUCUCUGAAAACAGCACAUCUUUACAGACUCAUCACACCAUCAUGACCCAUCUGCUGCAGUCCAGCAUCAGACUGCUGGACUGUCCGUGGCUGCAGCAGCAGCACCGGGUCCAGGUGGAGACUUGCAUCAAGACUCUGGCUAUGACGGCUAAAACCCGCACCGUCCCUCUCCCUCUGGAGCUGGAGGCUCAGAUCAGCUCCAUAUUGUCCAGUACUGCACUGAACCUGAUGUCCCGAUCCAACCCAAACUUCAAAUCCAGCAUGCGCUCAUCCCGGCCCAGCACGCCAGGCAACCCAUGGGACUACAAGAACAUCAUCGAGAAAUUACAGGACAUCAUCAACACUCUGGAGGAACGUCUCAAGCCGCUGGUCAACGCCGAGCUGUCCGUUCUGGUGGACGUCCUCCACCGGCCUGAGCUGCUGUUCAUGGAGGGGACGGACACCCGACAGCGCUGCGAGUCCGGAGGCUUCAUCUCCAAGCUGAUUCAGCACACUAAAGCUUUGAUGUCCUCAGAGGAAAAGUUGUGUAUCAAAGUCCUCAGAACCCUGCAGGAGAUGCUGAUCCGGACUUUGGACUUUGAUGAAAAGGGUAUCUCACUCCGCAAAGUUCUGCUGCAGAACUACCUGUUCCCUAACAAGAAGACUAACCCAAAGACGGACCUUGCUGAGCUUGGCACUGCAGGCGGGGAGCAGGAGCGGGACUGGGUGGCCGUGGCAGCGAUUCAGUGUCAUCUGGACAGAGAAGGAGGAACUAAACUCUUCACUGACCUGGUGAUGAGCACCAAGAACGACAAGACUUUCCAGGAGAGUAUCCAGCUCGCCAUCUGCCUGCUGGAGGGCGGCAACACUGAGAUCCAGAAUUCUUUCUAUAAGCUUAUGAUGGGGGACAACAAGUCUGAGAGGUUCUUUAAGGUUCUUCAUGAUCGGAUGAAGGAGGCCCAGACGGACGUCAAAGCCACCGUGUCUGUUAAUGUUGGCGAGGUGACGCACAGAGCCAAUGAGAAGGAGCUGGACAGUGGUGGUUCAACAACACUGGUACUUCCUGGAUCUGGAGGUCACCCUCUGUUGGUCCAGGGCCAAUCCAUUGCUCCAGUACCAGGUGCCUCCUCCAUGUCAGUCCAACCAAUCAUGGAGCAGAAUGAAGUGGUGACAGAGAUGGGUCCUGCCAUUACCAUCAUGAAGCCCAUUCUGAGGUUCCUGCAGCUACUCUGUGAGAACCACAACCAGGAUCUGCAGAACUUUCUGCGCUGCCAGAACAAUAAGACCAACUACAACCUGGUGUGUGAGACGCUUCAGUUCCUGGACAUCAUGUGUGGAAGCACCACGGGAGGACUCGGCCUGCUGGGCCUCUACAUCAACGAGUCCAACGUCCACCUGAUCACUCAGACCCUAGAGACGCUGACCGAGUACUGCCAGGGGCCCUGCCAGGAAAACCAGACUUGCAUCGUGACACACGAGUCCAACGGGAUUGACAUCAUCACAGCACUAAUCCUGAAUGACAUCAGUCCUUUGUGUCGCUACCGAAUGGACAUGGUCCUGCAGCUGAAGGACAAUGCAUCCAAACUCCUGUUGGCUCUGAUGGAAAGUCGCCAUGACAGCGAGAAUGCAGAAAGAAUCCUGUUCAACCUGCGACCGCGCGAGCUGGUGGAUGUGAUCAAGAAGGCGUACAACGAGGACAGUGACUGUGAGGGGAUGGAAGUCUCUCCCCGUGAGGUGGGACACAACAUCUACAUCCUGGCUAAACAGCUGGCCAGACACAACAAGACUCUGCAGAAUCUCCUCAAACCUCCCAAGAAGAACAAAGAGGGCGAGGAAGGCAUUUCGUCCAUGCUGAACCUGAACAACCGUCCUCUGUCUCAGAUGUUAACAUCCACAAGUCCAUGUGAUUUCUUGGACCAGGACCCUCUGGAGUACUAUGACCAGCUAACAGCACAGAUUGAGAUCGUUAGGGAGGACCGCAGCAUGGAGCAGAUCGUCUUUCCUCUUCAUGCUAUCUGCGAGUUCCUCACAGACGAAUCCAAGUUCCGUGUGUUCAACACCACUGAGCAAGAUGAGCAGGGGUCAAAGGUCACACACUUCUUUGAACAGACGUCAUUCCUGCAUGGAGAAAUGGAGUGGCAGAAGAAGCUGAGGAGCAUGCCGAUGCUGUACUGGUUUUCCAGGCGAAUGACUCUGUGGGGAACCAUCUCCUUCAACCUGGCUGUCUUCAUCAACCUCAUCAUUGCCUUCUUCUACCCAUACAACUCAGGACAAGUGGGAGCGAUCGAUGACUCUAUGUUGCUGAUGAUGUUCUGGAGUCUGAUUGGCCUGUCAGUUGUGGGCUUGUUGUCUCAGCGUCACGGCCUCCAGCCUCUGACCCUCGCCUUCAUGCUCAGAUCCAUCUAUUACUUCGGCAUCGGAAACACUGUCGUACUGCUUGGAAUGCUCAACCUGAUCAAUAAGGUGGUGUUUGUGGUGAGUUUUGUUGGGAACAACGGGACCUUCAUCAUGGGCUACAAGGCUAUGGUGAUGGAUGUGGAGUUCCUGUACCACCUGGGCUACGUGCUGACCUCCGUACUGGGACUCUUUGUCCACGAGCUCUUCUACAGCAUCCUGCUCUUCGAUCUGAUCUACCGGGAGGAGACGCUGCUGAACGUCAUCAACAGCGUGACUCGGAAUGGACGCUCCAUCCUGCUGACGGCGCUGCUUGCGCUCAUCCUCGUCUACCUCUUCUCCAUCGUUGGCUUCCUCUGCCUGAAGGAGGACUUCAUCAUGGAGGUUGACCUGCUCCCACAGCCUGAUGCAGGUGACAGCUGACCCUUCACCCUUAACCUUUGAUCCUGAACAUUUUCCUUGUCCAUGGCACCAGAGGCAUCAAUGUGUGACUGACAUCAGGUUUUAUGUUGACCACUAUUUCUGCAGAAAUCU